GCAAUCGCGUUAUGCACCAUUAUAUAUGAAUGCUCAAAAACUUUACAGUCCAUAAACACAUUCUUUCCAGUUUUCAAAACUAAAAUUCCCUACUUCUCUUCUCAGAAUACCAAAUUUGUUUUUUCUUUCAAGAUUGCUUGCUACUGCUAUGGCUGCUAAAACUAAAACAGAGGAAGAAGUGACUUUGAAACUUCUGGUAAACAAAGACACCAACAAAGUCUUGUUUGCCGAAGCCGAGAAGGAAUUUGUGGAUGCUUUAUUUAGCUUCUUAACAUUUCCUUUAGGAACCAUUGCAAGACUUGUAGAGAAAGAGUCAAGCAUGGGGUCACUUACAAUUGGUUGUCUAAACUCCCUCUAUCAUUGCGUAGAAGAUCUUGAAGCAGAAGCGUGUCUUGGUACGCGGAUCAGCAAAGAAAUGCUGUUGCAGCCGGCUAACUCAUCUGAAUGUUAUUGUAAUACUCUUAAACUUAACAUCGACGAUACGGAGCCAACAAAGUACUUUGUGUGCACCAAUUUUCCUACCUGUGAAAAAAAUAGUUUGGGCAUUGCAAUAAAUAAAUAUAAUUGCAACAAGUGUGGGAAUCCUUUGAACCGUUCAGUUUUGAUGAAACAUUUUUCCAAUGGAUUCGUUAAAAAUGGUGCCACUUUUAUUAUUACUGAUGAAUUGUCUGUCAUGGCAAUCUCCAUGGAUAUCACAAACUUUUGUUUGUUCCAGAACUUAGGAAUAAAAAGUGCAAGUUCUGUGAAGGAAAUGAGUGUCAGUCUCACUAAGGAAAAGGCAAUAGAUCUGCUAAAGUGUUCUUUAUUUUCAAAGACACCACUCACAGAUAUGUUUCUAGGGAAGAAUAAAGUUAAGAUGCCAUCCAUAGAGAGGUCAAGCUUUUUCUCUUGUGAUUUUGAGAACAAUGGUGAGAACUUCGAAAUUAUUGUGAAGCUUGUUACAAGGAAAUCGGACGGCAAGUUAUUGUAUGCUCAAGGGGAACAUGAUUUUGUGAACAUACUUUUAAGUUUUCUCACCUCUCCUUUGGGAGGAAUUGUGGGUUUAUUGAGAGGGAGUUCAUUGGGAAGCAUUGAUGCUUUGCAUAGCAGUGUAGCUGAUUUGGAUAAAACCAAAUAUUUUGUUUCUGAAAAAGCAAAAAACGCGAUUGCUGAUCCUCUAUUGGCUCAACAGUACUACUAUUUAAGCAAAGAUAUAUUAUCAAAUACUUGCACAUCUAUAUUAUCAAAUAGAUAUGCGAGCUAUUAUUGUUAUUAUAAACCACGAGACUACAAUAUAGAAGGUAUUGGUCGCUAUCAAACUUUCAUAACAAAUGAACCUACAAGUUAUUUGGAAUAUGAUUGUAUUUUGUAUCCUCAUACUCCUAAUAUAAGUAAUGAAGGUUAUGUCAAAGGACCUAGAAUUUAUGUGGCUACCGACGAUUUGGUCAUUGCACCUUUGUCUCCAAUUACACUUUUAAAUUUACUCAACCGUUUUGAAACUUCUUUUGAAGAUCUGACGGAAAAGGUUGUCACCAUUGGCAUCAAGGAGUGUCUCAGCAUAUUGAAGGCAGCUUUGACCUCCACAUCUGCUCUGUCAAAUGGUUUGGCUCACUUGUUAACUGAAGUUAAGGAGGAAAUAUGUGAGAACAAUUAAUAUUUAACAAUGAGUUUUGUUUCGAAGACAUAUGGUAUGGGGAAGUUUGUAAUGGACAAUGUUACUAUGUUAACUAUUUUGAUGUUAUUUCAAGUCUUAGUAUUUGUGUUGAGAUCUAUCAGUAUAUUGUACUACUUUGUUCUGGGUUUAGAAUUAAAGAUAUGCAAGAUGAAUUUUGUUUUCUUCUUUCAA